AGUCUUUCUCUUCUUUCCCAACAGCGGAGGCCGAUUUCAAGUCAGGAUCCGCCAUUGUCGCAAAGAAACCUACAGCACAGUAUUGAGACAAUCACUCCUGUCUGUUCGUGGCCUCUGUUGCCAAGCAGUCGCUGCUGAAAAGAGCGAAAACCGCCUCCGGAGAGAGCGGGAGGAAACGCGAGCUUAUGGACGGAAAUCUUCACUUUUCUGCCUGCCCUUCAAGGAAGACGCCACGCAAGAGUCUUCGAUGUGAGUAGUGGUCACUACAGUUGCAAUGAGGUUGUUUGUACUGUUGAGCUUAUUGAGGGUAUUCUGUCCAAGAGGACAACAAGACGUGCUGCAUCCUCGGCCUUGGUUGGGGUCCUCGUUUCGUUCCGGCUGCUUUCUUGCUCUUGCUGCAGAGCGCCGUACAAUGUCUACGUUACUAUGGAUUGAGCAAGGCGGGCUAAAUAAAGAAUUAUGGAUUGAGCAAGGCGGGCUCUCAAUAACUAAAGAAUUAACACAUUGAAAGCAUUAAAACAAAAGGGGAACCUAGAGAUUUAAAGUUAAAGGAAGCACAACCACCCAAUUUUUUCCCAAAACAAAAUCAACGAAGCCACCAUGGUUUCAUGAGACCGUCCACAUUGCGCAGCGGUGGUUAUUGAUCGGACAUUGGGGCAGCAUCCUAUCCAAGCAUCAAGGGGGAUAAGAAUCCUACCCAGAUGCCGCAGCAUGAAGAAGCACCUCAGCGGCCAUGCAUCCUGCUGGGUUGGAUGAUCGAAACAUCGAAACAACCGAGCAAGGCUCAAAUGAGAACUAAGGCGUUCAAUGCGAACAUUUUUCAAGACCAACAUUUCGAGGCAAUGCGAACAUGGUGUUGAGAUACCACACCAGGUGCCGUUCGUUGGGAGUUCAUUUUCCAGAAACCAAAUAAUCCAAGCACAACGAAGACCGCUGAGAUUCGACAACCAAUAUACAGUACUACCAUGAUGAAGUUGAUCAGCUGGGCAGUGAUUUGUGCCGCACUUCUGCCAUCGGCGGGUGCCGGUGGACCACACAAUGUAAUGAUUUCAAACGACAGCGAAGAAGGCAUUGUGGUGGACUGGUUCAAUCCUUCCACCGGAAAGCCAAUGGUCUUUUCCCGCCUCGGACAAGGGGAAUCCGUCCGAGUAAACUCCUUUGUCAACCACACUUUCUUGUUGCGAGCAGACGGCGACAACUGUACCACGGAAGAACUCUGCCGAUAUUCCACGGUCGUUAUCACGGACAACGAUGAUCAAGUCAUCAAAGUGCGAGAGGGCUUGGAAGUAGAACACCGGGACAGCAGCACCAAGGCACAGUAUGCUGCAGCCGACAUUGUUCAGAACUGUCGCGAUAUUUCAAAAGAGCAACUCGCUGCCGGUCACAGUAGUGACAGAGUUAUGAAGCAAAUGUUGAGCUGUGUUGAGGGAAAGACUGCCGAGACAUUGGAACAACUCAGCGAGAGGGUCAGCACCGAAACUCGUCUUCGGGAGCACAUGUCGGGGAACCUUGAAAACUACACGUGUGCAGACGAAAAGAUUGAAACUACCGUCGCUGAAAAGUUCAAGGACUGGGAGCAUCAGAACGUCACACGGAAGAUCCAUCUGUUGCAUGAACGCAAGGCCAGUAAGAUCCACCUUGUUGAAAACUUUAUCAGCCCAGAGGAAUGUGCCGCCAUCGAGGCUGCAGCAAAACCCAUUCUUCAUAGGGGCACGGUUGCAGACGGCAAGGGAGGUAGCCGCCUCUCUGACCACCGCAAGGCCAUGCAAGCAGGCAUCCGAAUCCCAUUCGAAGAGGAAGGUACGGGAAGCCAAGGCGAGCACAUUGCCAACCUAUUUCGAAGAAUCUACGCCUACACCAACAACGCAACUGGCUACGGCAUUGAAGUGGAUGGACAAGAGGACCUGAUGUCCAUUCAAUAUUUCGGUAGAGGAAAAGACGACAAGUCUCCUGACAACUACCGUCCUCAUGGUGACGGCGACAUCGAUGGCCGGCCCCACAAGCGAGGAGGUCGCGUGGCCACAAUGGUGUGCUACUGCACAGCAGACAAUCUAGUCGGCGGUGGAACAAACUUUGGAAAUGCAAACGUCUUUGUAAAACCAAAGGUUGGAGCAGCAGCCUUCUUCUCGUACUUGGAUUCAGAGACGCGCUUGCAUGACACGGGCUUCACGUCACACAGCGGUUGCCCUGUCGUGGAAGGUGUGAAGCGCAUCGCAGUCCACUGGAUGCGAAUUGGAGUGAACAAGGAGAUGCCUUGGGAUUCUUUCAACACAUUGAACAUCCACAAGAGUGAAUGUGAAGAAGAAGAGUAGGCCGGCACUGGCAUGCUGGUGACAGCAAACAUCUUCCAGGCGUUGCAGCCCAGACCUCCAAGCAAACUAUUAGAAACAUCUAAAGGCACUGUGCCGACCCAGACAUCACAACGGCAUAAAAUGUAUAAUAGAGACUUUUAUCAUC